AUGGUUCUCCACAACCCAAACAACUGGCACUGGGUGAUGAAAGAUGCGGGACAGUGGGCCAAGGACUAUCUAGAGACAGAGAGCAAGAAGCUUUCGGCCGAGCAAGAUGGCGUUUCCGCCCAGAUCACUAAACUGGUGUCCAUGGACGGUGAUGUGGAGGUGAGCCAAAGGAAGGGCAAAGUUAUUACGAUUUUCGACGUUGUAUUACAACUUCAAUACGAAGGCAAGACAGCAGAUGGCACAGACGUUAGUGGAAGUAUUCGGGUUCCAGAGUGCGCGUACGACACGGAACCAGACGAGUACGUUUUCGAGAUAGACAUUUACUCCGAAACAAAAGAGAAACAACCAGUCAAAGACUUAGUACGGUCGAAACUCACCCCUGAACUCCGAAAGGUCUUUUCAAGUCUUGGGCCCGCUCUGAUCAAAGAGCAUGGAAAAGAUUUACAACACGCGCCUGGUUCCAAUCCUUCAAGCGGGUUCGCGACACCAACGUGGCAUCCCGAGAGAGAACGAACUCCUAUUCCCUCAAACACCACGACCACAACAACCACCGGCAAAUCUUCCGUCAAUACGACAACAGUCACGGCAACAGACGAAUUCCGAACAACGGCAGAAGAGAUGUACCAGACAUUUACAGAUCCUCAACGUCUCGCGGCUUUUACUCGAGCUCCUCCGCGGGUGUUUGAGGGUGCAAAGCCAGGUGCCAAAUUUGCCAUUUUCGAUGGUAACGUGUCGGGAGAGUUUGUGACGCUGGAGCCGCCGAAGAAGAUUGUGCAAAAGUGGAGGCUAGCACAAUGGCCAGAAGGGCAUAUGAGCACUCAGGAAAUCUUCUUCGACCAAAACGACGUGGACCGAGUGACCAACAUGCGCGUUACUUGGACUGGAGUUCCGGUGGGCCAAGAAGAGGUGGUUCAACGGAAUUGGGAGGGAUACUAUGUGCGCAGCAUUAAACAGACGUUUGGGUAA